AAACAAUACAUGAUGAUUUUAUAACACGCCGAAGGUUCCUCAGCUAAAACAUCAUUCUUGUAGUCGCUCGUUGAGACAUUCGACCCUUCACUUAGUCAUCAUUCGUUUCCUCAAUCCGUACGACUCGUGACCAAUUGUGACACCUUGAAACAAAGAGCUUCCCCGGAUUUUGCUCAGGCUGAGUCUUUCCUCACCUCAAGCUCGCGUGCUCAGAGAAUUCCCUACUUCUGAGGCUCUUUUCGAUCUAUAACUGCAUGCUGUUCCAUUGGUGGCCGAACACACCGUCGAAGCUUUGGAUCUACUCGCUAUGGGCGAAUUAAGAGAUACGGAAGCCCCUCUCCAGAUCGAGGAUUAUGGCCUCAUUGGUGACAUGCGAACAUGUGCUCUUGUGGGCAGGAACGGUAGCAUAGACUUCAUGUGCUGGCCUCAAUUUGACUCUCCCUCUAUCUUCGGCAGGCUUCUCGACACAAGCAAAGGAGGUGGUGGACACUGGAGUAUAAAGCCGCGGAAAAGCACCGUGUGCAAACAAAACUACCGAGCAUCCUCCAACAUCCUACAAACGAAAUGGAUCGAUGAGGACGGCGUGGUCAACCUUACCGACUUCUUCGCUCUGUCCAAGUACAACAAGCUCCUUCGCGAGAAAUGGAGUGGUUCAACCUUAGUACGCAAACUCGAAUGUGCCCGCGGGAAUAUGUCAAUCGACAUCGAGCUUCGUCCACGGCCAGGUUACGCCCAAGAAGCAGGAUUUCUGCAUGAAUCCGAAGCCGAGGAGGAAGACGGCACGUACCACCAGAGACUGACCUGGACAUCCGAGGGUUCUGAUUCUACUUCCGACGUCCCCGAAUUCUUUGUCGCGUAUUGCACGCACGACAAGCCCCUUGACGAACCUCCGAAACUGUUUCAACCAACCAAGAACCACAAGGGCGUCGACGACGUCCUUCGGGCUCGCUUCGACCUUUCAGAAGGCCAGCAGAUCUUCAUGAUCAUGUGCAACCGGCACGUAGGUCCACAGCUGAGCAAAGACCUGAUCAUCAACCUUGAGUCCGAGACAUACAAGUUCUGGACUAGCUGGAUCCGCUCCUGCACAUACCGCGGGCGCUUCCAGCAAGAAGUCGAACGCAGCAUGCUCAUCCUCAAACUCCUCACGUACGACCCAACAGGAGCCAUCGUCGCAGCCCCCACAUUCUCUCUUCCCGAAGCCAUCGGCGGCCCACGAAACUGGGACUACCGGUACUCUUGGGUGCGAGACAGCAGCUUCACCAUCUACGUCUUCCUCAAAAUGGGCUUUCCGAAUGAAGCCGAAGCGUACAUCAACUUCAUUUUCGCACGCAUUGCCGAGUGGCGACGACAGCAAGAAUCCGCCAAAACAACGCACCAUCUCCCCCUGAUGUUCAGCAUCGACGGCUCAACGUCUCUGCCUGAACUCACACUUGACCAUCUGUCAGGGUACAAGGACAGCACACCCGUGCGCAUCGGUAACGCGGCGACCGACCACGUCCAGCUCGACAUCUACGGCGAACUCAUGGACUCAAUAUACCUGUACAACAAGCACGGCAAGCCCAUUUCGUACGCUCAGUGGCUGGACAUUCGCUACCUGACGGAUUUUGUGUGUCAAGUCUGGGACACACCCGACAUGUCGAUCUGGGAGGUCCGUGGGCAACGGCAGCACUUCGUCUACUCCAAAAUGCUGCUAUGGGUCGCCGUUGAUCGGGCGUUACGGCUGGUCGAGAAGCGCAAUUUCCCCUGCCCGAACCGCAACAAGUGGAUUGAAACCCGCGACACAAUCUACGAGCAGGUCAUGGAGAAGGGUUUCAACUACGACAUGAACUGCUUCAUCCAGAGUUACGAGUACAAUACAACUCUCGAUUCCGCUGUGCUGAUCGCUCCGCUGGUGUUCUUCAUGUCCCCGAACGAUCCGCAGUUCGUGGGGACAUUAGACGCUAUUCUGCGCACACCCGAAAAGGGAGGUCUCACGUCUGCUGGGUUUGUCUUUCGAUAUGAUCACAAAAAGACUGAUGAUGGCGUCGGCGGGCGCGAAGGCACAUUCGUCAUGUGCACUCUAUGGCUCAUCGAAGCACUCGUCCGCGCGGGCAAGUACUCGAAACAUUACCUGGAGAUCGCUAAUGGCAUGUUCGAAACCGUCACGAACUUCCGCAACCAUGUCGGCAUGCUGAGCGAGGAGAUUGCCAUCAGCGGUGAACAGCUGGGCAACACACCGCAGGCGUUCAGUCAUCUAGCGUUCGUCAGCGCGGCCAUCAAUCUCGAGCGUGUCAUGAAUGGUGGUGGACCAACAUUAUAGUACAAGGGAACUCCCUCGGAAGAAACUCGCUCGAUGAUUCAUCUUGACGCUAUCAUUGAGUGGUAUUUGGCAACCUCCUCAACCAGUCAUUCACAAUUUGGCAUAUGGCGACUGGCGAGCUCCAGUCUUUGUACGAAUCUGCAUGUAUGGUCUAGCGAGAGCGAAAAUGUGGAAAGACACUGGCGUACUUGUUG